UUGUUUUCAUUUUAAUUUAUUUUAUUUGUCACCGACGCGACUUUACCGAAAACCCCCAAAAAGUAUGGAUCCUUGCAGUCACGACAACUUAAAAUCUACAAGUGUUCACAUUCUUUUGAAGCACCCUGCACAUUAACGUGAAGCCCUCCGAUGGAUAAUAUUUUGUCGCGAAAGCCCACGGUGUGAAACGGAUGAAAGUUCGUAAAGUCGAAAUGUCACCCCGACCCCGACCGCCGCCCAGCCGACAUGUACCACCCGGCGGAGCCCGCGGAGACGGAGCCGGAGUGGGUAGAGACGGAGCGGCAGCAGUUCCGGCGGUUCCGCGACUCUGACGGCGACGGGCGUAUGGGGCGCGAGGAGGUGCGCGCCUGGCUGCUGCCCGUCGGCUACGAGCACGCACACGCAGAGGCACGCCACCUCGUGGGAGAGGCCGACGGGGGCGACGAGGACGGCAAGCUGUCCAAGGAGGAGGUGCUGGCCAAGUGGAGCGUCUUCCUGGGCAGCCAGGCCACCAACUACGGCGACGAUCUCAACCGUCGGCACGAGGAGCUCUGAGCUGCAACAGGAAACCCCGCGUUCCGAUUGGCCGUUCGCGUCGACUCGACGCAGCCAAUGGGAACGCGCCGUGCCGCGUUCCUAUUGGCCGAUCGCGUCGACUCGACGCAGCCAAUGGGAACGCGCCGUGUCGAGUUCCGAUUGGCCGAUCGCGUCGAAUUAGAAUGCGCCGUGCUGCACUCCUUGAUUGACUGUUGGAGUCGCGUCCAAUCCAAACACGCCGCGUUCCGAUUGGCCGACGUGUGCCCCCGGUUAGGUUGCUUGCGACUCACCGGCUUGGACCUGCCGAGCGAUCGAUUUCCCUUUUUGAACGGGAAUUGGGGCGGCAUUCACUUCCUCGGUGACCCGUAGCCCUGCAGAGGCAGCGGGGGAAGUUCCACGUUCCUAUGGCGGGAGGGGAGGGGGGGGACAUCCCGGCCCAUUGCACAACCAGUUUUGACUUCCGUACAAAGCGGUACUCAAUUUUAUUGACAUGAUGAUGAUGAUGAUGGGCCUCAAUCCACCCCGGGCAGGAUUUGAACUCGUGACCCUUGAGGGUGAGAGAAACCGCAGCGUCGCUAUGCAAUGGUCACGGGAUAUAAAUGUUCGUGUUUUUUUUAUCAGAAUCGUUGUUUUAGACUUGAAGGAACCCGAUGAGCCGUGAAGCUCUUCGUUGUCCCCUGCACGGGGCGUGGUGACGCUGCUGCGACGGUUAAAAGUCAGCGACGCUCUGCGCUCCGUUCCGUUGCUUGAGCUGCGGACGAUUCAUCGAUUUCGUGAAGAAAAGAACACUGGUCAACACAUUUUUUCUGGCACAAGGUAUUCCAACGGUUCUAAGGUAAUUUUGGGGUGCUGAUUCCAAAUCUGGCAUCAGUUUUUGUCUAUCACAUCAGGUUUUUGAGAUAUUAAAUAUUGCAUUUUUAAUCAAAACUGCAGAAUAAAAAUGUUAAAUAAAUGUGGAUAUCUACGUAAAAUGAUAUUAUAAACACACUAUCCUAAAAAUACAGCACCAUAUUUUAGCACUAAAGCAGUCACUGACUCGCAACAACUUGCAAUCAUAAGUGACAGAGUUAAUUUCGGGUAAAAUCAAUGAAAAUGGGGUAUGCCGAUAGCAUAAAAUGAGAUGUGAUAGAGAAAAUCUGAGAUCAGAUUUGGAAUCAGCACCCUGAAAUUAGUCUAAAACAGCUGCAAAAGUCCAGGCCAGAAAAAAAUGAUUUUUUUGCUGACCAGUGUAAUAAUAAGCCUUUAUGCAUGUAGGUUGAACUUAUUUCGCACCGCAUCGUACGUAGCAAACCCUGCUGCUGCUGCUGCUGCUGAUGCUGCUGCCGCUGCUGAUGCUGCUGCUGCCGCUGCCGCUGCUGAUGCUGCUGCUGCUGCUGAUGCUGCUGCUGCCGCUGCUGCUGCCGCUGCCGCCGCUGCCGCCGCUGCCGCCGCUGCUGCUGCUGCUGCUGCCGCUGCUGCUGCUGCUGCUCUAUUCAAGACCGCAAGCAACAGGAGGGCUUCAGCAGUCUUGCCCGAUGAGGCUGAUUGGGAUUACCAGCGAAACGUCGCGCGACUCAAACUUUCAAAUGCUGUUGAUUCUAUCUUCAACACACACCGCUGGGGCUAAAGAAGUGAAUUGUUUUGUCCUUUGAAAAACGUGACAUUUGUUUACUGUUUGGCCGUGUCGGGUGGUGGAGGGUUACGACACAUUUAUAAAUAACGCGAUCUGACCCAAAAACCUCUAUUGUGAAUAAUAUUGGUGGCGAAAGCCUGCUACGUGUUAAAUCAAACUGUGAUAAUCUGAGGUGCGGGGGUACGACAUCAAAUAUGUCCAAACACCAAAUCGACGCCCGCCUGUUAUCACAAGGCACCAUCGGGUCUGCAUUCACCGCCAGAGGUCGCAAACGGGCUUUGAUCCCGUACCCGUACCCGGCCGCACCAGGGUCGCAAAUGGGUACCCGUACCCGUACCCGUACCCGGCCGUACCCGUACUCUACCCGUACCUGGCCGGGUAGGGUACGGGUAUCGGGUACCUGAUUGCGACCUCUGGGAUGAAGCCAUGUUGCAGGCGCGGGUGGGUUGAUUCUAGGAACUUGAAUUGUGAGAAGAGACAAGACGUUGGGAAAUGAGUGACAAACGGUGACUCACCAGUAACUCACAGCCUACCCGUACCCGUACCCGGCCGCACCAGGGUCGCAAACGGGUACCUGGCUACCCAUACCCGGCCGGGUACGCGUAGCCGGGUAUCGGGUAGGGUACGGGUAUCGGGUACCCGGUUGCGACCUCUGUUCACCGCGCACAUCGUGCGUUGUGGUAAAACAUGCGAGCCAAACUCGCUUUGGUAGCGGUGUGUGCACGCGUGGUCCUUGAAACUGGUUGGUCUGCAGCCUCCCCCAAGGGCUGCCUGUCAACGGCUGUUCCCCUCCUGCCGAUCUUCUCCGCUCGUAGCGGCGGCAAGCGGCGGUGAAACGAGUCCGUGACGAAGAAGGCUUCAGCCGGGGGUUGGUGUUAGAGGGCCAAUCGGUUUCAAGGACAAUGCUGACGCUUCAAAUCUUGACCCCAUUGGAACCUCCUUUGCCAGUAGCAAAAUAUGAUCAUUGUUUUUUUUAUCUGGCAACAAAACUGACACCUUUUGUUACAAGAAGUCAUGUUUGCAUAGACCACAAUACCUGCGGUCGGAACGCAAACAAAAAACAGAACUCUGAUAAUGUAUGCACUGUCCUUGAAGUUGAUUGGUCCACACCCGAGACAGCUUUUCUUAGAGCCUAGUCUCACAUGGUGUUGGACCAGAUGACGCCAAAUCUUGACUUAAAGCUUUCGCGACUGCUGGAAUUAAUAUUCUUCGGCUCUUUCGGCAAAGUCACGGAGGUAGGUUGAGAGAAAAGCGCUAAAACACGACGACGUUUCGAUCGCAACACACAUGCAGCCGUCGUUGGGCUUAACUUUGAAGCAGAAACUGCAUAUUUUGUGAGCGAGUGCGUUUGUGUGGACUUUUGUAAUGAAACAAGAUCGGCGCAUUCUUUACGACACAUUUUUGUCUUGUUCAGUUAACAAACUCAAUUUGCUUCACUUAAACAUUAUUUUAUACCAACAUUCGUGUAUUUUUUGCACGGAGAUCUGUGGAAAAAUUUGUUAUUUCUAGAUCAUCCGAGAUUUUUUUAUUUAUCUGCGGCCGGCCUUCCCCGUCAUUUGCGCGGAAAAUCCCGACUUCUGCUUCUUGGUGCUUAAACAUCUUAACAGCGCUGCUGCAUCUUCUUGGUUCUUUCGGUAAAGUCACGUAGAAGGGAAAUAAUAAAAUAAUAAAAAUAAAACAUAAUGAAAUACAGUUCUCACGACGUUUCGGCCACAACGCAAGCAGCCGUCCUCAGGUGAAGAACAGGUCUGUCGGAAAGACAGCGUCUGAAUGAACACCACCAAGUUGGGCAGCGUUUAUUUAAGCUGCUGGGUUAGGGGAGGAAGGGCGCCUUGACAAAGGAAUUUGAGAAUUGUAUUUUAUUAUGUUUUAUUUUUAUUAUUUUAUUAUUUCCCUGCUACGUGAUGACUUUACCGAAAGAACGAAGAGGAUGAAUCCCUGCAGUCACGAAAGCUUUCACAGCGCUGCUGUAGUAUUGCCUAAAAGGGUAAAGCUUCACCGUCAUCUCGAUCGCGGCAACGUGGGUUCCCGUAGAUUAGCGAUUUCUGAAACUACGUUUAGUUUUUUGCUUCAGGGGGUGGACCCCCCUCCCAGUGUAUAAGCCGCUAACCCCCCACACCCCCCACAGUUUUAUCGAAUGCACACGCACACACACGCACACACACGCACAUGCACACACACGUGCACGCUCUUAUUCUCCCGACUGUUGCAGACCUGCGGUUCCGUUGGCAGUUUGCGAAAGAAAAUUGAGUGAAUUGUCUUUGUGCUGACCGCUGAAAGUCGUUUUAACAUUGUAGACAUCUUCUUUGUUUGUUCGAGAGGAAACGCUCACGGGCUCGCAUGCACAAAACACCGGGGCAAGGGCCGCCGUUCGUAGCGAGUAGCAGCAGCAGCAGCGCCUAUGAAGGCUGCCGGCACUGCGGCACACGAGGGGGUGGGUGGGCCAGUAACCACGCCCGGCCGCCUUUGUCUCCCCCCAGUGGCGAUGUUUACACACCGCACCAGGUACUCAUUUGCGGCCGAGUCGACCUAGGAGAGGCCCAGCACCUGGUUCAGAUGUAAUCGUCGCUGGCGUUGGACGUGAACGGGAGUCGAACUCGGGCCGCCGGGCUCGUGGUUCAGCGAGAUUUACCGCUAAACUAACGCUCCAACAACAGCCGCCAUUCGCCACUAAGUGGCGGUGACGUCAUCGCGACGCCUGUGCCAGGCUAGGUGCACGUUGAGGCCACGUGAAGUGUCGAACGCCCGCCGGCAGGAGGUCACGGGGCAGACCCAGCAGGUGCCACGGGUCGACUGACUGAGAUGACCGAGACGAGUGGCUGAUGCACCACCUGUGCCCCCUACUGUGCCAACUUGCUGUGCUUUAGCCACAAACUACCGCUUCCCACACAAACACACGUAGACUCAUCAUGGGACUUGCAAUCAAAUCGAGUCGUAUGCAAAAAUAUUGCCACGUGUAUUUUUUUAAAUGUCUAAAUGUCUCCCAAUGUGGUGUGUCCGAGUUGUUACCUGCUGCGUGCCUGUUCAGCGCGAUGACCUCCGGGAAAUGAAUUAAGUGGUGGCGGUGACGUCACCGCGGAGCUUGUGCCAGGCUAGGUGCACGUUGAGGCGUCGAGCAAUGCACAGCGGUGCACAUUCUCAAACGCGUUGCUGCAGCGUUGUGCAGCACGACUGUGAUAAACCCACCCAGUGUUAUGGUUUGUUGUUCAUGUUUUUAAAGGACUUUGUGGUUGAAUUAAAAUGCUUAUGGUAUUCUUGA